AUGUUGAAAAAGCCAGCAUACAAUGUUAAUAUUCUUGGAGACUUUGACACUUACAUAGAUGCUUUAAUCUAUUUAAACUCUUAUGACAGAAAUUUGUAUGCACGCGCAACAAGUGAGGAAGACGUCCAAAAUAACGAGCAAGAAAUGCAUAUAAUGGACAACAAACAAAAUAAAUCAUUUUCACUACACAAUUUAGGAGACAGUGAUAUUGAACCAUCUCCUGUGGUGAAUGAGGAAAUUCAUAAGUUUUGUGAAAAACUGAUUAGAGAAGAAAAUGCCGAUACAUUGACAAAGAACGGAAAAUCCAAUUUGACAGGUACCAGUAAGGUUAAGGAAAAAACAAACUCUGAAAAAAAUAUUAACUAUGCACAUAUCUUGAAAAAAAAUACAGUUGCUGCCUCCUCCACCUCCAAUGUACCAUUUGAAAAAAAAGAAUACCAAGAAGUCAAAAAACCACAAAGAAAAACUGGACCUAAUGAAGAAACAAAAACCCAACUUAUGAAUGCUUUUAGACGGUUAUCUGACUCAGAAAAAUUGGAAUCCAUUUAUAUCCAAAAUAUUGAGAGCAAAGCAGUUUUAAUGGUUUUAAAUAAAGAAGUUGGAGAAAUGAAGGCUGAACUAAAAACAUUAAAAAAUAAUUCAAUCAUUAGAGAUCUUGAAAAGCCAAUUGUAUUUAAUUCGAGAAGAAAAUUAAGUCCUUCAUAUGGUAUAAAACUUCCAAUUGAAGAUUUGGAAAGUUUUGAUACUUUUGAAAGUAAACUAAAAAAUGAUGAAAAAUUACAAGCUGGCGUGAAUUAUAUAGUCCUUAAUGCAGUAGCACAGGCUCAAAAUGCGCGCAAAGGGACAGCAGUGGGUGUAAAAGCUUUCAUCUCUCGCGAAGUUGCGCGAAAAUUUACCGCAGUUCAGGGAAGUGGAGGUAAAAGGAAAUUCAUUGAUACCGCGCUAAGUCCCAUAAUUGAAGAUAUUAUCAAUAAGAAAUUUAAAAACAAAGAUGGAAAACCAGUAGAUAACUAUACACAACAUCUUGGGUAUACUUUGACCAGAUCAACCGACUGGGGUGACGGACGUUCGAAUCGGCAAUCAUUAAAGAAUAAAAAACGACCAAAUGAUAAUAAAGUCGUAGGAGACCUAGAAAACGACGAACAUUUGGAAGCCAUGGACAAAUAA